AUGACAGUUAUGCAGUUCAAUGUUCUUAAAAUGAUCGUCUCAGACUGGUACAAUGAAAACAGAUGUCUUACUAUGUUGAAAGUGUUGUUCAGAGAUACGGUGGACAUUGGAAAAUUAGCAGAAAUUACUGACACAAUAGACCUGCUGAAUGAAUUGGUCAAACUGGGUAAGAUGAGUGCAAAGGAUCUUACUCUGCUGUAUGACACCAUCAGAAUAACUGGACAUUUUUCUCUUCAAAUAAAGAUUAAAGAAACAUUUCCAUUAUUCCCGGAUAUUGAAGAAGGAAUAAUUUCAACAAGUUUCACACCUCACAGACAGAAACUACUGAAAUUGGGGAAGAAGUUGACUUUAGAAAAUGUGACACGGAUUGACAAAUUGUAUAAUACGCCUCGUAAGAUGUAUACCGACAGUUGGAGUAUGAUCAUUGAUCUAGAAGACAGACUGGAAAUCAGCGAAGAAAACAUGACGACUUUCAUUAAAUCUUUGAAACUUCUUAAGCUUCAUCUGGCAUUGCAGGUACUGACAGAAGUAGAUAAUGGAGAAGUAUCAACAUCAGAAACACCAAAGUCAGACAAAGGAUAUUGUGGACCAGCAGAUGGUAUGGGCGAAAGUGCAAUGUCUAGUCAUCAACAGCAACCCCCACCAGCAAGACAAUUGCUCCUGCCUCAACAGCUGCAGCAACUCCAAGCACAGGAUGCUUACAACUAUUUAGUCUGGAAUCAGCCGAUUCCUGAUUCAUCAAGAUCAGCUGUGCAGGGUAAUCGCCCAAUGGAAGGUCUUCGAAGACCAUUACCAGGAUAUUGUGGACCAGCAGAUGGUAUUGGGAAAAGUGCAAUGUCUAGUCAUCAACAGCAAACCCCACCAGCAAGACAAUUGCUCUUGCCUCAACAGCUGCAGCAACUCCAAGCACAGAUACUGGUUUACAACUAUUUAGCCUGGAAUCAGCCGAUUCCUGAUUGGUUGAGAUCAGCUGUGCAGGAUAACCGCCUGGUGCAAAGCCUUCAAAGACCAUCCCCAGAUAAAAUUAUCAAAGAUUAUUUGACAAGACAACAGAAAAAAUGGUAUCAGGAUGUGAAUCGAAUGACACCAGCAAUCUGGCAUAAACAUUAUAAAGUAGAUAUUGCAGAAAUAUUCACUGAACUCAGCUUACGGAAAUCUAAAAACAAUUCAUCAUGUACAAGAGAGAAAGGUGAACCCACAUCAUUAACGGAGGUAUUAAACAUUAUUGAAUCAGAAGGUUCAUGUAAGGUAUUAAUAACAGGAAAAGCAGGAAUGGGCAAGACAACACUCCUCAAAUAUAUUACUUAUAAAUGGGCUACUGGUGAUGUCCAUAAUGCUUUUGCUGGUAAAUUGCUAUUUCUGAUCAAAAUUGGGGAUAUUAAAGCAGGUGCAGAUAUCGUGGAAAUAAUUAUGAAAAACGUAAAUACGAACGAAUUAUUAAUCAAGAAUAAUUUGCCAAUUAAAGCUGUUGAAAGAUUCCUGUACAACCAUGGUGAUGAUAUAGUGAUUUUGUUAGAUGGAUAUGAUGAGUUACAAAGCGAUGCAAAGGACCUUAUAAAUCUGUUCAAAGGAGUUGAAUUAGAAAAAAGCACUGUUGUGAUAACAUCCCGACCUGACAACACAGAGAAUUUGGUUGAAUGUUGUACUUUACAUAUUCAAGUGAAUGGAUUCAGUUCAAGAAACAUAAAGGAGUAUAUUAAUAAAUAUUUUUGUUCAACCAAGAAAUAUGAAUUGGGGAAAUCACUAUUGAAGGAGUUUAGCUUUCAUUUAGAGGAUGAAUGGGAGUGGGAUGGUAAUCAUAAUGUGGCAUUUGGAUUGUGCUCUUCCCCAUUGUUACUGCUUAUGAUCUGUACCAUAUGGGAACAAAAACAACAUUUUCCAAAAGACUUGUCAGAUCUUUUCACUAAACUGAUUUGUUGCAUUUUAAGUCAGUAUGAAAGCAAGUGUAAUAAACCUGAUAUUUUCCCAAUUGAGAGAAUUCCAGAGCAGUAUAAACUUGCCAUUCUACUAUUAGGAGAAUGUAUGUAUGAAGGCCUAAAGGAAAAUAAAUUGUCUAUUGACAAAUAUGUUUUGUCAAAGAUGUCAAAGAAUCUACAUUCUGUAGAGUUAGCAUUGAAACUUGGAUUUGUUUAUGAAGAUACCCCUUUUAACCCUGGUGAUGUAAGGGAGAUUUACACACCUCCACACAAACUAAUCUCAGAAGCACUAGCAGGGUUUUAUUUGGCUAAUCAAAUUGAGAAAGAGCAUUUGAAAGGUGAUGAAUAUGAGGUAAUAAGAUGUAAUAAAUAUUUAAAUAUGACAAGAAAGUUUACAAUAGGAUUUCUAGAUGAUAAAGCUGGUGAAAUGCUGAAACAUUGGUUAGUAAUGCCUUCACAAUUGUACUCAGUAGCACAGUGUUUUAACUAUGUAAAGGAGGAAAAUGAAAAAUCUGUACUAAGGAAAUUAGAUGAAAACAUGUCCACUAAAAUGAAAUCAUACUGUGAGCAAAUGUGUGAGACAUUCAGAAGUGUUCUUGAUGAUGAUAGAAGUGAGCAUUUAUUAAAACUUAUUAAAAAAUGUUGUGUUAAAUAUAAAAAUUCUCUUUAUAAACUUGAACAGAAAGUGGUAUCAUUGGUAGAUACAUCCAGUAAAGAGUCUCUCAGAAAGUCAUGCAGAAGAAUUGUACUUACGUCAGUUAUAGAACAAAUAACUAAUGACAGCGAAGCAGGGACUCAAUUUGCUGUAUUUGUACUUAGAUGUAUUUCAAAUUGGAAAGAUGAAAGCCUUAAUGUCCUUUCAGCUGAGAUAAAAUACCUCCAAAUUAAUUAUGAUUGCCCUUCAUUGACGUUACACUGGGGAUUUAAUUCAUCAUUCUUGAUUCAUUUCCUGACACAUUCAAACCUAUCUGACUUAUUUGUACAUGAUGGUCUGCUUACUGAGGAUACACUCAGUGUAGUUAUCAAAGAGUUACAUAAAACUAAUGUAAAGUUGACAUUAAAAUUACUUUCCAUAAGUUGUACUGAUCUACGUAAUAUCGAUGGAGCAUUACUAGGAAAACUAUUUGAAAUAGGUCCUGCACUGAAUAGACUAAAUGCAAGCAACUGUAGGCUAUCAAGUGAUAUUGUGAGGGCGAUGAUUACUGAAUGUUCAAACAAUGGAUGUAAACAGCUAUGCCACCUUGACAUAAGCAAUAAUGACCUUGAUGAUGCAUUAUUGUGUGAUAUACUUAAAAUGUAUCCAGCUUUAUCUAUUCUUAAGGUAGCUUCAUGUGGCCUCUCAAAGGAAAGUUUAAAUAACAUGGUAAAUGAGUUUCCUGAAAUUAAACUUCUUGAACUUGAUUUUAGCCGAAAUUGUCUAGGGAAUUUAGAUGGGGAAACUUUUGGAACGUUAAUGAAAAAAUUGCCCAAACUUCGUUUUUUUGGUAUGGCUCAUUGCAGUAUAUCAGGCUCUAUUGUUAAUGAAAUGAUGAAGGAAUGUAGUACGAUGAAUGUAGUAUUAAAAGACAACAUGCUUGAACUGGAUGGCAAUGACCUUUCAGAUAUUAAUGGUAAAUCAAUUGCAGAGUUAGUCAGGGUAGUGCAUAGAUAUUUUAGCUUACAUGAUUAUUUUCUUACAGCUGAUAAUCUUCAACAACUGUUUGAAUCAGUAGAUAUAAAUAUUAAACUGAAUUGGAAAUAUUUAUAUAUGAGUAAAAUUAACCUAUCUUGUAUUAGUGGAAAAACACUAUCAUGCCUUUUUAAUGUCUCCCCAGACCUGAUCUAUAUUGACUUGAGUAACUGCAGUUUAUCAGGCAGUAUUGUUAAUGAAAUGAUGGAGGAAUGUGGUAGGAUGAAUGUAGUAUUGAAAGGCAAAAUACUUAGACUGGAGGGCAAUUACCUUUCAGAUAUUAAUGGUGAAUCACUUGCAGAGGUAAUGGUAAAUUACUUAGACAGGGUAAUAACAAUGCAUCAAAAAUGUUUGUUUUACCGUCCAGGUGUAGGUUCCUUCAUAUGGAGGGAUUAUCGUCUUACAGCCGAUAACCUACAUAAGCUUGUUGAAUCAGUAGGUGAAAAUAAGACACUCAGUUCGAAUAUUGUUGACGUCAAUCUGAAUAGGAUUAACCUAUCUUCAAUCAGUGGUAAAACAUUAGCUUGCUUUUUAAAAAUCUUUCCAGACAUAUCACAUAUUGACAUGAGCCAUUGUAGUUUAUCAGGCAGUAUUGUUAAUGAAAUGAAGGAGGAAUGUGUUAGGUUGAAUGUAGUAUUGAAAGAAAACGUGCUUAAAUUGAAGGGCAAUGACCUUUCAGAUGUUGAUGCCAUUAGUUACUGAGUUAUAACAUAGAGAAAAUAGUGUUCUAUUUUCUCUAUGGUUAUAACAGGGAGAUGUAAAUAAUGUGUGGUGGAAAAUAAGAGUUAAACACGUUCAACUUUUUUUUAUACAAUUUGAUAUGACGUCAUCGUACCCAUACAUGGGUACAUCACAUUUUUUUGUCACAUAAAAUUUGAUAGUGUAGACAAAGCUUUAAAGGGGUCACUACUCUCUUAUCCACAACAAGUGCAACAAACUCAAAUAUUUAAUUUACAUUUUUAUUUUGAAUAUUUUUGAGCCCUAAAAAUUAACCAAAUUUUGUUCUUAGUUCUUGGAUAACGGUACAGGACUAUCGGUAUCAAGUUUUCUUCCAGUUGGGCUUUAUAUGUCCAGUGUGGGUUGGUUGGAAUUAUUCAUUGCCCAUAUUGUUACUGUUACUUCUCUUCAUGUGAUAUUAACCAAUCUUGUCAAUUUUAUCCUUUAGCUAUUUGAAUGAUGUUUCUUUGAUUUUUUUUAAAUAAAAAAGUACAUUCAUAGAGGAUUUGAUUGAUAACCUGAACCCUGAUUUCUGUGUCAUACUCCAUUCAUCUUCGACAUCAAGUAGAAUCCCAGCCCAUCCUCCACCUCCCUGCUGGCACCACCACUGGUUGUUAUAAUAACAUUUCUAUUAAUUUUGUAUCAUAAUAAUGUAUUAUUUUCACAGUGAAGAUUAUUGUCCAAACUGUAAGUGACAAAUACUGUAACUGUGAUAUUCCCUUAUUUGGGUGUAUAUAUGACAUCAUCAUGCCCAUAUAUGGCACAUCUCAGAGUUUCACAUAAAAAUUUAUUAGUGAAAGGAACACUGUAAUUUCCAAAUUUUUGGAUGAAUAAAGUGAUGUCUAUGUCUAUGUCUAGAGCUUAACAAAUUAGUUGUGAUUAUUGUAAAUCUCAUCUUAAGGUGAAUUUAACUAAAAUUAUACUGUAUCUAAUGUAGUGGUAAUUGUUAUUGUAUUGUAGGUGGUGUUUUUGGAAUUUGUUAAGAGUAUGUUACUUGAAUAUUCAAAUAAACAGUUAAUUGUAAGAA